AUGGAGAAGGACGGCAGCGCAGCCGGCGCGGGGACGACGGGCGAGGCUAAGCCCGUGGUACCAGCCGUUGAAGAGAAGAGGCCGGCGGAUGUGGUCGACGACGUGCCUGACCCCGACGAGGAUGAUCUGGACGACCUGGACGACAUGCUUGACGACUUCGCCGCGGUGAAUGUAAACACCAAGAAACCCGAACAACCAGUCGCGUCUUCUGCGAGUGGUCCUGGAAAGCCCGCGGCAGUCGCCGAAGAUGAGGUUGAUGAGAAGACGUUGGAAGAAAUGCUUUCAUCCGACGAUUUCGCGAAGCAGCUCCAGGCUGGCAUGGCUGACCUGAUUGGCGAGUUCGAGAAAAACGUAGAGAACCCCCCUUCUCGUCCUUGCUCGCCCCCAUCAACUGACCUGGUAUUACAGCCGGAAAUGCAGGCGCAAUUUGACAACGUCUUCAAGCAGAUCAGCGCCGCUACAGGGGAAGCUGGGUCGUCUGAGGAGCAAGCGCACCCGCGGCCCACAUCUUCCUCGAGCAAAGCCCCGGCCUCGGAUCCGAUCGCCGACGGAUCUUUCCAGGAGACUAUCAAGAAGACCAUGGAGCGCAUGCAAGCGUCGGGUCAGCAGGCUACAGCGGCCGCGGCAGAAUCCUCGACCGAGGACCUCCUUGCCGAGAUGAUGAAGCAGUUCGGAGAGGGCAACAUGGAAGGCGGCGGCGGCAGCGAGGAGGAGUUCUCGAAGAUGCUCAUGGGCAUGAUGGAGCAGCUCACUAACAAGGAAAUCCUGUACGAGCCCAUGAAAGAGCUCAACGACAAAUUCCCCGAGUGGUUCGAAAAGAACCGCGCCAAGACGCCUGCGGAAGAUCUCAAGCGGUACGAGGAGCAACAGGCUCUGGUGAAGGAGAUCGUGGCCAAGUUUGAAGAGAAGACGUACGCAGACUCCAACUCAGCGGACAGAGAAUACAUCGUCGACAGGAUGCAAAAGAUGCAAGCUGCCGGAUCACCGCCAUCAGACUUGGUUGGCGACAUGCCAUCGGCACAGGAUGCGUUCAACGGAGACGAGAGCUGUAAUCCGCAAUAG